ACGAGACACAGUGAGACUGUAGUACUUCAGCCAGUGAAAGUGAAGCGACUGACGUACACAGAUGCAUCGUAUCACUGACACAGAACCAAACGACAUGCAGGAUUUAACAUCAGGUGUUCUGAUCUCGUGUGUCAUCGGUCAUGGCGCUGGUCCAGUCUCUUCCCGUGUCUAUUGACCAUCCGGGACCAGGCCUGGACCCGCGUCUCCAUCCUGCCUCACCUCCCAUGAUGGGAGUGAUGGGUGCCGUCAGCGGCAUGAUGCAGAGUCACGUCUCUUAUCCUGACCGCGCUAACAUUGAGGUCAGCACCAGAUUCCGCAAGGGCACGCCGGGCUCCGGACGCCUGCUGUCCGAAACCUCACAGGACGCUCAGAUGGGAAGUCGGACUCCGUCCAGCAAGAGGAGGAACAUCGCUAGCAGAACGAAGGGCUUUGGUACUCGUUCAUAUUCGCAUGAGGACCUGAUAAGAGACUGGGACGAUAAUCAUUUGGAAGUGGGUACAACUGGUUUGGACGCACCUCCGAAACUGGUUCCAGUGUCUGGACAAUUAGAAAGAAACAUUCAGCAGGCCAUAAUCAGACCCACUGCCUUCAAACCAGUGGUCCCUAGGAGCCGUAACGGCGUGCAGUACCUGUCCCCGCGGCUCGGAGCUGGUCUGUCGGGAAGCCAAGGAAACCUCAGCAUGUUUUCUCCAGAAGACGAAGAUGUUGGGCCGGCGACGAUGGAACGGCGCAGUUCUUACAGCGGCGCUCGCAACGCUUUGACCAGCCAGUCCUUUACCAUGACGGACACGGCUCGCAACUCUUUAACCAACCUGCCGGCGUAUAACAGCCCCGUGUACAACCCCAGCCACAGCGAGGCGAGCAAACAUCACGGAAACUCCAACUCGGACAGCGGCCGCUCCUCGUCCAGCAAGAGCACGGGCUCCCUGAGCGGCCGCGGGCCCCUGCUGACCGAACCGCUGUCCCCGGCACCCAUCCAGACCUACGAGGCCAUCGUCAGAGACCUGGAGGAGAAGCUGAGGGAGCGAGACCUGGAGCUGCAGCAGCUCCGAGAAAACCUGGACGACAACGAAGUAGCCAUCUGUCAGGUGUACGAGGAGCGUCAGAAGCGCACAGAGCUGGAGAUGGAGGAGUUCAGACAGACGUGUGCAGCGAAGAUGCAGAAGGCGUCUCAUAAAGCGCAGCGCGAGCAUCAGCUCCUGCAGCUCCAGGUGUUUCAGCUGCAGCAGGAGAAGAAGAAGCAGCAGGACGACAUGACACAGCUCCUGCAGGAGCGCCAGAGACUCGAGGAGCGCUGCGUCUCCUACGAACGAGAACACACACAGCUGGGGCCCAGACUGGAGGAGACCAAGUGGGAGGUGUGUCAGAAGUCUGGAGAGAUCUCCCUGCUGAAGCAGCAGAUGAAGGACCUGCAGGGGGAUGUGGCGCAGCGUGUCGGUGAGCUGGUGACGCUGCGUGGACAGCUGCGAGAGGUUCGAGUCGAGCUGCAGACGUGUCAGAGUCAGCUGCAGGAGGCGCACACAGCCUCACACACACGGACGCUGGAGCUCGAGGUCUGCGAGAACGAACUGCAACGCCGCAAGAGUGAGAACCAGCUGCUCCGGGACAAAAUAAGCCGUCUGGAAGAAGAGUCGUCUCACCUGCGCACCGACGAAAGCGAGGAGCUGAAGGCACACAAGCAGCAGAUCGACCGGCUGAAAGCGGAGCUCGCUUACGAAACCCAGCGCUCGUCCAAUCAGGCGUCUGCGUUCGAGGGCGAGAGAAAGAGCUGGGAGGAGGAGAAGGAUAAAGUGAUUCGCUAUCAGUCUCAGCUGCAGCAGAACUACGUGCAGAUGUACAAGAGGAACCGAGAUCUGGAGCGAUCGCUCCGUCAGCUUAGCCUCGAGCUGGAGAACCGGGAACAGGACGAUGACAGCAGCGGGAACGAAGUCACAUUCGACGACAUCGCUGCGACCGAGAUCUGAAAUUAGUAAUCGUCUACUGCCGCACUCAUUUCAGAUUGUG